AUGGAUGUCAUCGGCCCUGUCACUCCAAAAACAUCAAAUGGACACCGUUUCAUCUUUGUGGUGAUAGACUAUUUUACCAAGUGGGUCGAGGCUGCAUCUUACACCAGAAUCUCAAGAAAGACAAUAGAACAUUUCUUAACGCAUAAUGUGAUAUGUCGAUAUGGGCUCCCCGAGGCAAUUAUCUUAGACAAUGCUAAAAAUCUCAAGAAUGAUCUUAUUGAAUCUGUGUUCAAUCAAUUCAAAAUCACCAAACAUCACUUAGUCAUAUAUCGCCCACAGAUGAAUGGAGCAGUGAAAGUAGCCAAUAAGAACAUCAAACAAAUCUUAAGGAAAAUGACUGACACACACCAGGAUUGGCAUAAGAAACUGCCAUUUGCAAUUAUGGCUUACCGCACCUCAGUUUGCACGUCAACUAGGGUAACUCCUUAUUACCUCAUAUAUGGAAUGGAGGUGGUAUUGCCAAUAGAAGUAUAA